AUGCCGCUCGCGGCUGACGCUGCUGUUCCAUUCUAUGACCCACGCAUCGGCGGCGGUUCAAUGCUCGACCGUGCAGGCACCGGUGUAGGUGAACCGCUGAAUGUCAUCAUCUCAGGGCAGAGUUCGCCAGAGGUAUUGACCGAGAGUGGGUUUUACCAGUAUGCACUAGCUCUGGGCUUUGCCGAGGAGUGCCUGGACAUCCAUUUGGGUGCACCAAUGCCCGCAAAUCUUGGUGACGGUCAUGGCUGGGUAAACCAAACCGUCGAGCUGCGCCAUAACUAUGCCAUUGGUGGGACAUGCGCAGAGACAGUCUUCGGCGGGAACCAUCUAAGACUGUUCAUUCAGAACGGGCCCCUAGCGGACAGUGGCGCGCUUUUCUUGGCAGUUUCCAAGGAAGAAGACCUCGCGGAGGGCCAUACGAUUACACCAGAUGGUUACGACCGCGGCCGUGACCUUCUCGUUGCGGGCGCCACGGGGACGACGAAACACGGCGGCGUAGAAUUCCAAACCGACGUUCAAUUCCUGACAGGACUUCUGCAACCUGGGAGCCAAGGAAUUAAUCACGAUAUCGCCAUCGACGGCAAGGUGGCCCUUCUGACGGUCACCGUUCUGUGA